AGGCAGCCCUUUCGGCUUGGGUGCCCAUCAGUUUUCCGCGGCGCGCUUUUCGCGCCGCUCGUAGACUCCCUUGGAAUCAUCUCGAGGCGUGUCCACCUCGCUCUCCCCUCCCCGCUCACCCAGCGCAUUCCAUUACUCUCCUUGUGCCAGUGGUGGAACGCGCUGGUCUACCCGCGCAUGCUGCGCCCCCCGGGCGUCGCCGGCCCCGCCCGGCCCCGUGGCGCGCCGGCGGGCGCCGCUCCGCGGAGCGCGCCGCGGAGCGCGCCGCGGGGCCCCGCCCCGCCGAGCGCGGGUUGGCGGCUGGCCGCCUGCCUGGCCCGCGGGGCCGCGCGGGGCGGCGUCGGGCGGCGGCUCGGCCGCCCGCCUGGCGGGCGGAGGCGGAGGAGGGCGUCGCGCGCCGCCGCGGAUCCGCGGGCCAGCGCCUUGAGCGUCCUGAGCCUGUCCGAGGGCGCUUCGAGAAGCGACGUCAAGAGGCGGUUCAAGGAGCUGGUCGCCACGGAACACCCGGACAAGAGGCCAGGCGACCUGGCGGCGGCCGAGCGGUUCAAGGCCGUCGUGGCGGCGUACGAGGAGCUCGCAAGCCCAGGCGGCGCGCCCGAGCCUGGGCCCGCGCCGACAGCCAGCCGCCAGACGGGGCCCGUCGAGGUUGAGGUCGAUGAGGUCGAGGUCGACCCAGAGUCCGUGGCUGCGCUGCUACUCUUCGCCUGCUUCGGCGUGGCGGUGGUGCUGCUCUCGCAGGUCGAUCUGAGGUGGCAGACCUGCUACAGGUCGUGGGAGUGGUGGUGCAGUCUGAAGGGCCUGGCGUGAGCUCGCGCCUGGGGCCGUCGCCGCAUCCGGUCUGGCAGCGCGGAGGGAGAAAUGAUGAUGAUGACGAUGCAGGACGACUUGAGUAAACGGAUACGAGCAGCGAAUGAAAUACCCGAGAGCCGCAGCAAGGCAAAAUGGGAUUUAGGACAGCCGCUGGCAGCCACUGCGCUUGCUUGCUCUCGCCUUGCCCCUUUGUCAGUGGCUCUUUCUCGUGUUGUUUCUUCCCCAGGCGUCUGUCUCUUUCUCUGUCGUGUCAACGUACGCGGCCCGCUGGUGAAUGUAUAUUUUUUUCCUUCUCCCGCCGCUUGCUUAGCUCCCCCGCUGUCCGAUGGCGCAAAGCGGGGCCCCAGCGCCUUCACCAGACGUGCGGAUGGCGUGUCCAGCUGCGUGUUCCGCGCUCUGAAAGCCGGCGCUGCGCGACCUUGACUCGGACCGAGGGGCGGUCCGAUC